GUAUUAUUAGCAGCCAUAAGAUGGAUAAAACAUGAUAUAGAAAGUCGAAGGCAUUCAUUGUGCCGUUUAUUGUCUCAUAUUCGUUUGCCUUUUGUUUCUCCUGGUUUUGUUCAGUCUUUAUGUAAAUCCACAGACCCAAAUGAUGCAAUGUUACUCCAACUGAUUUCUGAUAUCUGCACGGUAAGUAAGACAUUUUAUUAGCUAAAUAGUUAAGAAUUUUCCUACUAUACCGUAUAACUUGUAGACAUCAGAAAGUUGGGAUAAAAAUGCCCACCGCUUGUGUGCUAAUCUGCAUAUAUGAAACACACAAUAGUCUUCAGUUUGAAACAGAAUGCGCAUAUAUAGAGUAAAAAUAUUUAAUGCUGGGUGGGGUGGAUAAUCCAGGUAAGCAUAUAUAUACAGCUGAUUCAAUUAAGGUUGUCCUUCCAAAACCUUAAACCUUUAACUCUGAGCGCGCAAGGGAUAAUGGGUUCUCACUUAUUAGUCCCUUAAACUCAGGAAAUUGCCUUUGCAGCAAGUAUGUUUUCUGUCGUGAGUCUUCUAUAUGUCUCAGGUAUUCUUGCAAAGCCAAAUUUCAAAAUUUAUGAGUCUAAAUAAGCAAUAACCCAUCAUCCCUUGCGCGCUCAGAAUUUAAGGUUUAAGUAUUUGGAAGGACAACCUUAAUUGAAUUAGCUGUAUACACUAUUUAAGAUCCUACAAGGAACGGUUGCGAAAAAUGCGAAACUGGGUCCUUUGGCAAGAAUUGAACCUGCGGCCCUGCGAUUCCGGUACAGCGCUCUAACCAACUGAGCUACAGAGGCCAGUUGUCAAGCUGUAACUGCAAGUUCAUGUUUUUCUAAUUUUUCGGGAUAGAUUUGCGGUUUGGAUGUCCGCACACCCGAAAAUCUAUAUAUACAUGAAUUUGAGGUUACAGCUCGACAACUGGACUCUGUAGCUCAGUUUAUUAGAGCGCCACACCGGAAUUGCAGGGGCGUAGGUUCGAUUCCUGCCAGAUGUCCUAGUGUUGCAUUUUUCGCAACCAUUCCUGGUUAGGUCUAACCUAGAUGAAAGUCUAACCUUAUAGAUAUGCCUGCGGAACACGCUAGCAUUAAGUAGUACGCUCUAUACAAUUUAGGGCAAAACGAUUUCGACAACUCGCAUGCAGACAUUGACCUCUCAUGGCUUUUCUCGAAAUAAAGGUCUUUUUCGCUCCCCCAACUCGAUGUUACAUGAAUGGAAUUGUUAAUCAAAUGUGAAGUGUCCAUUAUAUGCAACAUUGAAGAGGAAGAGGGGUGUAACUUCCAGUUUUAACUUUUCUUGUGUUUUUUCUUUCAAAAAUUGGGUUAAGAAUCCUCAUGCAUUGUCGUAGUUAACGACUGUCCAAUCAGAUUACUUUCCACAACUCUGUGAAAAAUCCACUUGACGUCGAAAUCGUUAAUCCGAAUCACUGACGUUCCUUCGUGCCAUCGAGAGUAAAUGUCUGCACACAGUCUAAUUAUUCAUUUGUAUAGAGUCGUUGUUCUCGGGCAGUACACGUAAAGAAACGAUCUCCAUUGGGUCCUCAAGUAAUGUAUAUUGUUGGUGGUUAUCUAAGACAAUCGUUAAGGGUUGUGGAAUGUUAUUACCCACGUCAUAAUUCUUGGAGUUUACUCAAAUCUUUACAGCAGCCUAGGAGUGGUGCUGGUGCAGCUUUUGUUGGUAAGUAA